AUGCUCCUCCAAUCAACCCGAUCGUCGUCAGCCUCGAUCGUGCAUCGGCUCACAAAUCUCAUCUCGCAAUCGUCCGUUGUCGUGUUCCGAUCUCGUCCCUUCUCAUCUACCCCACUUGGAUCCGCCUUCGUUCCUUCGCGUGCGGUGCGACGCUAUCGUUUCGAAACGGCGUAUGCGUUCAAGGGCAAGCCUGGUUCCCCGACUUUUUCCUCCCGAGGAACCGACGGUCUCACUUCGAGCCCAGCACAUGGAUCCUCGACCGACGCAGGUCUAGACAGCGACCCGUCCUCGUCCGAUUCAGACCCAGCUUCAGAUCAAUCGACCUUCACCCGACCCGAUUGGCGGAACCGUAGCGCCACACCACGUUUACAACAAGGGUUGGACGCCCAUCACCCGGCUAUGGUAUGGAGGGAUGCGGUAUGGAGUCGCUCCCCCUGCGGUGCGGGGCAUGACUGGUUCUUUGUCCAAGAGGUUCAAAGACCGACGGACGCUUUGGAGGAGAGCUCAUCAUCCUCUUCAGCGAGGAAGGAUUUGGUCAUUGGCGUUGCGGACGGGGUGGGAGGUUGGGUCGAUUUAGGCGUCGAUCCGAGUCUCUUUGCCCAGGCAAGUUUGGCAUUUGAAAAGGGGUGAUGUGCGCCAAGCGGGCCCCGGCUCAUUCGCACUUUCCCUUACCCCUGCGGAGCGCAGACUUUGAUGUGGUUCUGUCGACAAGAGGUCGCUCAAAAUGGGCACAAGGAUCCGCUAAGGGUAAUUCAGAAUGCGUAUGCCGCUCUUUUGCAAGAAAAGGGGGUGCUUGCAGGUAAGCAAAACGAGUUGAGGCGUCGACGACCGAGUUGAAGGAUUUGCGGACCAUAGCUGACGACGAGCGAUCCCACUCUCCCAGGUUCUAGUACCGCUUGUGUCGUUUCGUUCGACGCCGAAACUGGGAAUGUACUCGCCGCCAAGUGGGUGCAAAAGAGGCAAGAAUCCAUCAAUUCCGUCACCGUUGGCUGAAUUUUCCCCUUUUUGGCUCCCUCGCAGUCUCGGCGACUCCACCUUUUUGCUCCUGCGAAGGAGACCACCCACAUCACCCACUCCAGCUCCAACAACAAGCCGUUCCUCGCCAUCUCCACCAACGUCAGAAGAUAUCGACAUUCGAUCCCUCUUGACGCAUAAAGUCGUGUACCUGCAAGCCUCGCAAACCCACUUCUUCAACGCGCCGAAGCAGUUGGCCAAGAGGCCGAAAUGGAUGCACAACAAGCACGCGUUGAUCGAUGUGCCCGAAGGGGCGGAUUUGUACCAGACGGUUUUACAGUGAGCAGGGAUUCCUUUCUAGGUGUUCGGUGGUUCGAGUGUGAAGUCUGAGAUCUUCUUGGCUUUGGCAUCUCGCACAUCAGGGACGGUGAUAUCCUCGUCUUGGCGACCGAUGGGUUCAGCGAUAACGUAUGGCCGAAUGAACUCGAACAACUCGUCGCACUCGUUCAAGAGCACGAACAUGAACUUUCCCCCUUUGGUUCGAAUGAAGAUUCGGCCAAAGAUACAGGCCCUAAUAAGGUUCCGAUGACUUUUGCGCAAGGUUUAGCCAACGCGUGCGUCAACUUUGCAAACACUUGCGCUUUCAAGGUCAGUUGCGUACGAACUUGGGAACUCCAAAACCCUCAGAGCCGAAUUCAAGCUGAUGGUUCCCUUCUCGUGUGGAUGUUGGUUAGGAGAACAAAAUCUCGCCGUUUGAGAUUGAAGCAAGACGGUAUGGCUACAACGAUUUGAGAGGGGGCAAAAUCGAUGACGUGUGCGUCGUGGUCGUUGUUGUAAAAAAGGAUUGA